UUUUAUUUAUCUUUUAUUAUUAUAAAAUACUAAAUAUUAUGGUGUAGAAAUUAUCAAUAUGUCAACAAUUAAAAACGACACGGGCGCUAAGCCUGGGAGCAUUUAUCGAAUUGCGCUUCAAAACUUUGUAACAUAUAAACAAGUUGAGUUAUUUCCCGGGCCGUCGUUGAACAUGAUUAUUGGUCCAAAUGGAACCGGCAAAUCAACAUUUGUUUGUGCCAUUAUAUUGGGACUAUGUGGUAAAACCAGCGUCAUUGGGAGAGCUAAGAAGAUUUCGGAAUAUGUGCGAAGUGGCUGUCAAGAUUCUACGAUAGAAAUUGAGCUCUACCAACAACCUGGUCAACGUAAUGUGAUAAUUACUAGGAACUUCAACCUGAAUGACUCAUCCACAUGGUCUAUUGACCACAAAACUGUCAGGGAAAAGCAAGUGCAGGAGCUUAUAGCAUUACUAAAUAUACAGGUUGACAAUCUAUGCCAGCUAUUACCACAAGAUAGAGUGCAGGAUUUUUCUAAAAUGGACCCUCAGCAGUUGUUAAGGAGCACACUUUCAGCUGUUAAUGGACAACAGAGUGUCAACCAAUUGGACGAGCUUAUAAAGUGCAGAGAUCAACAGAGGGGAUUGUCAACAAAACUGGACAAUAAUGCUCAGUUGAUGCAGGAACAAAUUAGACUAAAUGAGAGACUGAAAUUAGUUAUCGACGCAAUGAAACAAAGAAAAGAAAUAGAACAACAAAUAGAGAUAUGUGAAAAGAAAAAACUGUGGAUAGAGUAUCAGGACUUGAGGGAGAAAGUCGUGGAGUGUACGAAUGAUAAAAAGGAAGCUGUGAAGUUGUACAAUAGCCAUAAAACUAAAAUGGAGCCACUGGAAAAGGUAAUAGAAAAGGCUAAAAGCGACAUCAGCAGUCUUGAGCAACAAAAAUUAAGAACUAGUCGUGAAGUCGAUACUCUAAAGGAUAGAGUGAAAGAGGCUAUGAAUGCUGUUCAUACCCAUGAGUACACCAUAAAAGAUAUAGAAGCAUCGUACCAAGAGAAACUGGAGAGAUACAAGAAUAGAGAACGAGAGCUAGAAGAAGCUAGAGUGAAGUUGGAUAAGCUAAUGACGGAUAAAACAAGGCUGGAAGAAAAAGUUGGUGACGACAGCUCCGUGAGAAUGGAUUUAGCGGAAUUGCACAAAUCAAUAACGAAAACCAACGCCGCGUUAGAAAUACUCAAGAAACAGAAAUUAGAUGCGCAGUAUGACCUUGAGAAUAACGUGAUACCACAAAUACGGCUUUAUCAGAACAAAAAACGCAACUUAGAAGAUGUGAAUGUGAAACGUCUAGAAUUUCUUAAUUCGUACAGCGAGGAUUGUUACAAGGCCGUCCUGUGGCUUCGAAAGAAUAAGGACAUGUUCCAGGCACCUGUCUAUGAACCCAUGAUGUUAGAAAUUAACUUCACAGAUCCUAAAUUCGCCCGUUACCUAGAGUCGACGGUGCCCGCCCGCGAUUUAGUCGCAUUCACGUUCGAAUCCACGCAGGACAUGAAUUUGUUCCUACAAAAAGUUAGAACUGAGGGUAAUUUGAAAAGAAUCAACGCUAUAUGCAGCCAACCAGGGAAAAUUAAUACGCCCCCAAGAGAUAUACAGCAAUUGAGCUAUCUCGGUUUCUACACGUACCUAAUAGAUACAAUAACGGGACCGGACGCAAUCAUAAGGUACCUUUGCAAGCAGUACUCGAUACAUCGGAUACCAAUUGGCAAUGAUCACACAUACAAUAACAGUGGUAGCGUUCCAAACGACAUCACCUACUUUUAUACUGAGAACCACAGGUUUACGGUCCGUGUCUCUGCCUACAGCGGUGCUAAGUCGAGUUCAACCAUAGAGAUCCGUCCGGCCAGGCUUUUGGCUAACACUGUCGAUGUAGACAAGCGUGACAAUUACACUGCUCAGAUAGAAAAUUUUGAAAAGACAGCACAAGCGCAUAAGAACAAAAUCAAGGUUCUGGACACCAAAUUGGGAACUCUAGAGGGGAAUCUAAAUGAGUUGAAUACCAGAAGAAAGACCAUAAAUGAAGGUAUUGAAAAAGUGAAAGCGAUUUCCUCCCAAAUCCGAUUGCAAACAAACAAAAUCAGGGACAUAGAGAACGAGCCAUUCUUUAACAUACAACAAGAGAGGGACAGAUGUAAAAAGAAACAAAGAAACUGUGUGAUAAAGCAAUGCAAACUGCACGAAGAGAUCUGCAAUGACCUGAAGAACUUGGAAACCAAAGUUCUCAACGGGCAGAUGUGGAAGGUGAAACUAGAUUUCAAAAGAAAUGCAAUAGUGCAACAAGAAUCCGAACUUCGCGAAUUGAAGAACGAAUUACGCAAUGUGCAAGCUACCCUUGAAAAUAUAGAGAAUACACUCGCUCGAGCCAAAUCGACAGCUAAAGAAAAAUUGGUAGAAGCGAAGCGAAGUUGUGCCAACAAGUUGCCCCACGAAGCCGACUUUCCAUAUAAGAAGGAGUUUGACAAAUUGCCAUCCGAUUUGAAUAGUCUGCAGGAGCAUUGUUAUGAAAUGCAGACUAGGAUGGAUUGUAUGGACAAAGGUGAUGAACAGAUAAUCAAGGAAUAUGAGGAGAGAGAAAAAAUGAUUGCGAAACUGAAGACUGAAGUGAAUAAUUCCAGUGAUAUGAAUAAACAGUUAGUCGGCAAGAUGAAAAAAAUCAGUUCACAAUGGUUGCCGCCUCUGCUGGUGUUACUUGGCGACAUCAACCGCAGCUUCGGCAAUAUGUUCGCCAAGAUGGGCUGCGCCGGAGAGAUCAAACUUGACAAGGGAGGCGGUGAUGAGGACUACGAUAAGUACGGCAUCUCAGUCCUGGUGAGCUUCAGGCAGUCGGAACAACUCCAGCAGUUAACUCGCCACGCGCAGUCUGGUGGUGAACGGGCGCUCUCCACUGCACUAUACCUGCUUGCUUUACAGCAACUUACCACCGUGCCAUUCAGAUGCGUCGACGAGAUCAACCAAGGUAUGGACCCCAUAAAUGAAAGGAAGAUGUUCUCAUUACUGGUUAAAGUGACGACCGAGUUUGAUAACGCACAGUACUUCUUAUUGACGCCCAAGUUGUUAACAAACUUGGAGUACAAUGCCAAAAUCAUGGUACACACCAUCAUGAACGGUAAAGCAAUAAUGAAUUACAGAAAGUGGAAAUACAACAAGUUCAUUGAAAACGCACCGAACUACAAUAUGUAGCAGUUUUUACGUAUACCUACAAUAACUCCCUUAUGUAUUUAUAAAAUAAAAACUUCAAUUGUUUUGUCCCUAUAUUUGAAACUAGUUUACUAAUCUGAAAGACAGUGACAAAACAAUGUCGCAGUUAACAUGGGUGUGUAGUUUUUUAUGAAUAAGGCUGCUGGUAUACAGUCGG